AGCCUCGGGCGUCUCGUCUACCGGAGACUAAUCCGGCACGUCCCAGUCGGACGGCGGCGAACGCAACCGCGGCCGACGCAUCAUAUAUAUAUGUCGCCUCCGCUUCACCCUAUGGCGUCCGCCGCCCCCGCCCGUCGUCGUCGUCCGGCACCAUCACCCUCCUCCAGGUGCUCAGGCAGCGCGCUCGAAUGGCACAAACCGCAGCCGCGGUCGCCGCGCUAGGCCUCACUAAGCCCAACGUCGUCGAUCCACUCCAGAUCAUUUUCGCCGCCAUAGACAUCGAACCAUCCGAUUGGGAAGGAGAUGUGCUCGCCGUCGCGGUCACGGAGAAGGACGUGUGCAGAAGCCCUGGCUCCAGCUUCGAGAACGCCGUCCUGAAGCGGCUGGACAGCCAGUUCGACGGCCUCCUGUCGGAGGCCUCGGCGGAGGAGGACUUCUCCGGGAAAGCCGGUCAGCUGGUGGUCCUCCGCCUCCAGGGGCAGGGCUUCAAGCGGCUGGGCCUGAUCGGUCUUGGCCGGAGCGCCCCGUUCACCGCCGCGGCUUGCCGGGGCCUCGGCGAAUCCUUCGCGUCCGUCGCCACGUCCGCUCGAGCCGGCAGCGCAGCGCUUGCUCUCGCCUCCCCCGGCGGGAUCCAUGGGGAGUUCAAGCCUAAUGCGUCCGCAGCAAUCGCUUCCGGAACUGUGCUCGGAUUGUACGAGGACAACAGAUACAGAUCUGAGUCCAGCAAGGUGCAUCUCAAACGGGUCGAUCUCAUCGGAUUCGGAUAUGGCCCUGAGGUGGACAGUAAACUUGAACUGGCCAGUCAUGUUUCCUCAGGCGUGAUAUUCGGAAAAGACCUUGUGAACUCACCUGCCAAUGUGCUUACCCCCGUUGUACUCGCGGGGGAGGCGUCGAAGAUUGCAUCGACGUACAGCGAUGUAUUCACUGCCACAAUAUUAGACGAGGAGAGAUGCAGAGAGCUGAAGAUGGGCUCCUACUUGGCUGUCGCCGCGGCUUCUGCAAAUCCUCCUCGCUUUAUCCACUUGUGCUAUAAACCUCCUGGUGGGAAUGUCAAGAGAAAGUUAGCUAUUGUGGGGAAGGGUCUAACUUUUGACAGUGGUGGAUACAACAUCAAGGUUGGAGCAGUUUGCAGUAUUGAACUGAUGAAGUGGGACAUGGGAGGCUCUGCAGCAGUAUUUGGUGCAGCAAAAGCUCUGGGCCAAAUCAAGCCUCCUGGAGUGCAGGUCCAUUUCAUUGUUGCUGCCUGUGAAAACAUGAUCAGUGGGACAGGCAUGAGGCCUGGCGACAUUGUGACUGCUUCUAACGGCAAGACGAUCGAGGUAGAUAACACUGAUGCGGAGGGGCGGCUCACACUUGCUGAUGCUUUGGUCUAUGCUUGUAAACAAGGUGUUGACAAGAUUAUAGAUCUGGCAACGCUAACUGGUUUCUGCCGUGUUGCGCUUGGUCCAAGCAUUGCCGGGAUUCUGACACCGAGCGAUGAACUCCACGAGGAAGUGGCAGCUGCGUCCGAGGUGUCGGGAGAGAAGUUAUGGAGGCUGCCACUAGAAGAAAGCUACUGGGAGACGAUGAAGUCUGGUGUUGCUGAUAUGCUCAACACCGGCGCUAUUCCACAGGGCGGCGUCAUCACCGCUGCGCUGUUCCUGAAGCAGUUUGUCCAUGAGAAAGUUCAGUGGAUGCACAUCGACAUUGCUGGGCCGGUGUGGAGCCACAAGAACAGGUCGGCGACCGGAUUCGGCGUCUCCACCAUGGUGGAAUGGGUUCUCAGGAACUCGUCGUGAAUCAACGAAGAUGAAGGCACGCAGGGGGAGAGGAAGUUGCCUGAUGUUAUCUCCUACCAGGGAAGGGGGGAUUUUACUAGUGCCCACGUUUUCUAUAUGUAGUGGGUUACAGAAUAAGUGGACACAUAUUUGAUCAAACUUCACACAUGCAUAUAAUUUCGUUUAGUCAAAGUUUAAUUAUGCAAUAGGCCUGCUUCCUCUAGUGUACAAGUUGUGAAACAUUGGGAGGAUCUGUUUUCAGUUGUGAGCUCAGCAAAGAUGGACCGGAGACUGAACUAAGGAGCAGAACUGCAGAUGUGCCCACGUU